AUGAAAGUUAGUGUAGAUAGCAUAGAUAUGAAAUAAAACAUUUUGGAGAUUGUGAAACAACUUUAAGGAGAAAUCUCCUUGGAAUAUGAUAAGAACAAGUAGGAUGUAUUAAUUCAAACUCAAAAUUACAUUAUUGAUCAAAAAGGCAAUAUUUUUCAAUUGAAUGAUCACAAUAAAUUGUUUUAAGACCCACUUUAGAAUGAUUAAUAUUUUAAUGAGGUUGUAGGGAUAUCAAAAAAAAAUUACUUCUAUGAGAAGGCAAAACAUUUUUCAAUGAAAAUAUUCCCAGAUUAGAAUUUUAGUGAAUAUAAAACCAAAGAAUAACUAAAUCCGCUAAAAUAACAACAUUUAGAAUAAAUAAAUUAGCAAAUAAGUAAAAUUAUACUUUUUUCUGUAUUUUGCAAAAAUCAAAUUGAAAAGAAUUCCAAAAAGAAUUUUUAUACAACCACUUGGACAAAUUAGCAAUAAUUUUAGAAGCAAACUAAGGAAAUUUAUUCCUAGGUGAAGUUGAAGAACCAUAUGAGUUUGCAAGAUAAUUAAAUAACUUGA